AUGGUCUGCUCCAAGUGCCAGAAGCUCACCAAGGGGACAACCCUCGCGACCCCGGAGGUCAAGAAGAAGAGCGAGAUGUACUACGGUUCUCCGGCUUCCUCAUCCAAGGGAGCAGAUAAGAAGAGCGUGACGCUAGCAAACGCUGGUGUUACCAAGAGCAAACUACUUUCGAAAUCUGCCAAGAAUCCUUAUGCUCAUCUUGCGCAUAUCAGAAAGAUGGCGGAGGGCCAGAGUAACCACUGCCCAGCCACGCGCGUCGACCCCAGCCAGCAGACUCGGGUAGCGGCAAGUAACACCUAG